AUGACCCAAAAAUUUAUAGCACGACAGUUACUAAUGAAACCUACGGCACUGGCAACUUAUGCUGAGUUUGAGAUAACAACACAUUUGAUUUUAAGAAUCAAACAACUUAACCAAAUGAUUAAUGAAAUUUUCAUCAAUACGAAUUACGAAACUGCACGAAGAAGAUUAAAUAAUUGCAUUGUUUACCACGGAGACAUAAUCAGGAUGGCCGAAGCAGUCAAUGAAUGUUUCUCAAGCUCAAUGUUUAUGCACACUUGCAUUACCGCAAUUAUUUGUGCUUGCAUUGAAAAACAAUUUGUAGAAGGUGACCAUUUUUGCGCUGUAGUACAUUUUUGUUGCUGGGCUAUGAUUUUAGUAUUGGCCUGUUGGUCUGGACAAAUUCUAAUGGACGCUAGUGAGUCAAUCUCUGUAUCAAUAUGGUUUUCAAAGUGGUAUGAGGCGGAUAUUAGACUGCAGAAAGACCUUUUAAUGAUGUUAAAAAGAAGUCAAGACAUUUUUUCUCUCACGGCUGGACCCUUUAGUUUCCUUUCGUUUUCACUACUUGUUUCGUUGGAUCAUAUCAGGCUCCAAUAUAUUUCAGUUUUUAUGUUCACCGAAAGAGUUACCGUCAAAGCCGUUUUGCACUGA